AUGGCGCGAUCUGGUGCAAUGGCACCGCGGCUCAUAUCCGUCAUCGGUUGUCUCCAUGUCGAUCGUAUAAUGAUCACCGACCAUAUACCAGAGCGUGGAGAAAGUUACAGGGCAAAAAGAUAUCAUGAGGCAUUAGGAGGGAAAGGAGCAAACUCGGCCAUCGCCGCCUAUCGAAGCUGCCAUGCCCGGCCCCCUGAGGGAAAGUUAAUCUCGUUUGAUGAGCGGAUCGACUACUCCAAUGAGAAUGAGAUUGAAGUAUGUAUGGUUGGCGCUGUGGGAGACGAUCAGUACGCGCAAAUGUUUGAAGAUGCGUUGCAAGAGAACGGAGUCGAUGUGUCGCGCCUCCAGAAGGUCGAUGGCAUGACUGGGGUGAGUUUUGUCCUGGUGGAAAACGCCACUGGCGAGAACCGCUGUACCUUUGCCAACAACGCAAACGAUGCUUUGACCGCCGGCUACUUCACCAACGUCGACAGUCUUGCCAACGGGAGGCGACCGGAUCUGGUCAUCGCACAGAUGGAACUCGAUCGCUCCGUGGUAGAGCAGAUGAUUGCCACUGCCGGCGCUGCGGGCAUCGAGUUUCUGCUCAAUGCAGCCCCUGCACUCAACAUCCUGAGCAGGCUCUACCCGUUUAUCACACACCUGUUGUUGAACGAAACAGAGGCGGCCACCAUGUCUGGCCGAGAGGUCGAAGAGGUUAACGACGAGACGUGGCAAGAGAUAGUCGAGGAAUUCCUUGAUCAAGGCGUGGAGAACGUGGUCAUCACCUUGGGUGCUCGCGGUGCCUUCUUUGGCAGAGCCGACGAGGACACAUUCACGGGCGCGUACGCGACGGAUUAUUUGCGACAGAAGCAAAUGGGGCAAUGGGAGAUCAAAGAGGCGGUCACGCGUGCUUGUAAAGCAGCGGCAUUGACAAUCGGGCGCAUCGGCGCCCAGGAAGGGAUUCCUUGGAUGGACGAAAUAGACAAUUUCGAGGAGAACGAACUGUCUCAGACAGGGGUGGAAGCUGCUUCCCAAUCUGCCACGAGUGCUUCCGAAGAAUUGUGA